CAGCUCCCGUCAGAGGAGCAGAGUAACGCAGGAGGAGGAGAGGGCUGGAUAUGGGGGUUCCACCGCACAGGCCCGUACGAUCGAGAUAAAAAAAAAAAAAAUAAUAAAUUAAAAAAAAAAAAAAAAAAAAAACGAAAAAACACUUUUUCAUGUGCGUCUACCGGGGAAAACACACAAAGACAGCGAGCUGGAGAGGCCCUAAGAGGACGGGAAAACAACCGAGGGAGUGAAGGAAGAGGGGGAAUACGGCUACUGACCCAUCCCGGAGCAUCACGGGAGAAGCGGCGAGAGAAAGGAGGAGAAGAAGGAGAGAUAAUUCCGCUCGACCUGAUGGACUGAGAGGACAGAUGAAUGAAGACUGCCUACACUAACGCCUAUAGAUGCCUGGCCAAGGACCUGGACGUUUAUGCCAUGAACACGGACAUGACAAUGGAUGGCAUUGGCAGCCUGCAUGGCGGGGUGGCGGUGAGCUCCGUGGCCCCUGAUGCGGAGCUGAUGAGCGGCCACAGCCCGCACCACGGCCGCGGAGGCUCGUCCGUGGCGGGGGGACCGGGGGCGGCGGCGGCGGCUGCUGCGGCGGCGGCGUCCACCCUGCGGAUACACCAGGACCUGGCCGCCGCCGCCGCCUCAUCCCGCUCCGCCAUGGUGCCCGGCAUGGCCACGAUACUGGACGGCAGCGGGGAGUACCGUCCGGAGUUGUCCCUGCCGCUGCACCACGCCAUGAGCGUGCCCUGCGACACGUCCUCUCCCGGGAUGGGGAUGAGCGGCACUUACACCACCUUAACCCCGCUGCAGCCGCUGCCUCCCAUCUCCACCGUGUCGGACAAGUUUCACCAUCACCACCAUCACCACCACCACCAGCGGCUCUCCGGGAAUGUCAGCGGGAGCUUCACUCUGAUGCGGGACGAGCGAGGACUACCGGGCAUGAACAACAUUUACAGCCCCUACCACAAGGACCACAUCUCCGGGAUGGGUCAGAGUCUGUCUCCGGUGCUGGGCAACGGCCUGGGCUCCAUCCACAACACCCAACAGGGUCUCCACAAUUACGGCACCACGACGCACGGGAGCCACGACAAGAUGCUGAACUUCGACGCGCACCACACCGCGUCCAUGCUUGCCAGAGGGGACCACCAUCAGCACCGAGGCCUCGGUGGCCCGGCAGCCGGGAUGAUGCCACACCUGAACGGGAUGCACCACCCGGGGCACCCGGCUGCGUCCUCGGCGGGCCACCACCCCCACUCCCACCUCCAGUCUCCAUCCCACGGGCCCGUGUUGGCUUCCAGCCGGGAAAGACCGCCCUCCUCCUCUGGGACGCAAGGGGGGAACAGCUCGGGACAGCUGGAAGAAAUCAACACCAAAGAGGUCGCGCAGAGGAUCACGGCGGAGCUGAAAAGGUACAGCAUCCCCCAGGCCAUCUUCGCCCAGAGGGUGCUGUGCCGCUCCCAAGGGACCCUUUCAGACCUGCUGCGGAACCCCAAACCCUGGAGUAAACUAAAGUCAGGCCGGGAGACCUUCAGGAGGAUGUGGAAGUGGCUGCAGGAGCCCGAGUUUCAGAGGAUGUCGGCCCUCAGACUGGCAGCAUGCAAAAGGAAGGAGCAAGACACGGCGAAGGACCGCAACAACACACCAAAGAAGUCGCGGCUGGUCUUCACAGACCUGCAGCGGCGCACCCUGUUGGCCAUCUUCAAGGAGAACAAGCGACCGUCCAAAGAGAUGCAGCUCACCAUCUCGCAGCAGCUGGGCCUCGAACUCACCACCGUCAGCAACUUCUUCAUGAACGCCCGCCGUCGAAGCCUGGACAAAUGGACAGACGACGGAGCCAGCCCCGGCACCCAAUCUUCAGCGUCCAGCACUUGUACCAAAGCGUGAUAAAAGAUAGCAAGGAGGAUCUAGGGGAAGGGAGUUGACAGGGAUGGGGGCGUUUGGGUGGGGUGGGUUGUUACGAUGGAGAUACUGGGAGGGAUGUGGGGGUUGAUGACGCGGGUCGAGGUUUCAUCCGGUCGAAGCGAGGCGGAAAACCAAACUUUUUACAUAAUUUUCGUUUGUCUGUUUUGCUUUCGUUGAGAGUGACAAACUGAGAGAGGGGCUGCUUACUGUCACGACUUGUUGUAGCCAAACCGCCUUUUUUCAAAUUCAUUACAAAUCCAUUAAGAAGCUUAAGGGUAAACUCACAUUUAAAAUACACAAACCUCACUGGGAGAAAUCUUUGAAUCAUAGACUUUCACUGCUCCUUCACGACAAUAAGCUGACAAACUAGCCCAAAUACCAAAGACUAGAAGACUAUGUUUUCUAUUAUGCAAUAUAAGCUAGGAACCAACCAAACAACAAACCAAGGAAAGCUUUGUAACUAUAGAAUAUGAUACAAACUCUGGGUAUUUUCACCCUUAAAUGUCCAAAGACCACAAUGACACGAUAGUUUGGGGAUCUCAUUCUGAAAUGAGAUUUUCCGAAGCUGCACAGCAAAAUUCAAAAAGGUGUCAAAGCUGAGAUAUAAAAGGUCAGUUAGGACAUCUGAGACUGAGUCCAAAUUUUUUUGUUUAACCAAACCAAAUAGAUUAAAGACCAUAAGGAGAAGGAAGAUGAAGACUGAGCGUCAAAAUUUCUUCAUUCAUUCUUGACCUCGAAAGUAGUAGCUUGACAGAUGAGUCUCAACAUAAAGUGUUUAUAUUACCAACUUCCAGCUGGAUUUUGUCAGUCAAAAAUACAAUAAAUAAUUAUUGGACUCAUUGAAGUCCAGAUCACUUCUACUAAAAUGUGUUCAUUCGGCUGUGUAGUCUUUGCAUUUCCUCCCCAAAUCAGAACCGCUUUGGGUAUCAGAGUUGGUUUUUAAAUUGUUCUAUGGUUCUUGAUCUAAAAAAAAAAAUAUGACAACGGAUAUAUUUAUUUAUUUUGUUUAAAUAUCCAUGAUACAUGAUUAACUCUCGCAAGACACAACUUACCAAAGCUCACUUAACUAAAAAUGCAACAUAAUUUGACUCUUUAAAGGGGACAGUGAUGAUAUGUUAGCGAAUGGCAAAAUAUGCAAGCACAAACACACACUCAAACACACAAACACGUACACGAACAUUCACAGAGGCACAUGCAACUUCCUCAUCAUUUGAGCCGACAUAGAACUGCAAGCUUUGUCAGCAUACUUAGCGUUCAGUGUUAGUGUAUUAUAUAUGAAUAUAUACAAUGUAUGUGAGCACAAUCUUGAAGCACAUUUUCUUUGCAAUAGAACCGGGGCUCUCUGCCAAGCCGAGUGGUCUUCACAUCUUAGAAAAACUCAGGAUGCCAUUUUUUCUAAACAGUGGCUGAAAUCCAUUCGGCAUCUGUCGUUCCACACUGUAAUGUAUGAAUGUAAAAACACAGAUGUACACACACACUCACACAUUGACAACAAAUACACUUGCUUUAUGGGAACACCACAGCUUUAAAGAGUCAUUUCCCAAACACUUGCCAGAAUUCCCACUCUGACCAAAUCUAAGUUCAAGUUUACCCUGGUUUCACCCACCAAUCAUUUGUACCAAUGGUAACUCAUCUAUGAGGGCAGAGCUUUACACAAAGCAUCUUAGCAUUGGCACAGUCUGGGUUCACAGUUAGACCAAACAUGACCAAAUGAAAUUUUCAUUUUUAGUCCAAAAGUUUUGACCCAGAUGUUCCACGAUAUAUAUAAGGCCAUAGUUAAUGAUCAAGGUCCCUAAAACACUAAAUUUGUUCAGACACUUCAGAACCCUAGCAUUCAGACGUCAGCAACGUUGGGAUUAGCUCAACACCACAUUAUCUUGUGUCCUGUGUCUGGACUCUCAAUAAACCAGCAGAAGCCACUGGUUUCUUAGUGUGCUCACAACUGGUUUCUCAAGAACAUCUUUGGUAGGCCUUAUAAUGAUAAAGUCUACCAAAACUGUCAGAUACAGCCAGAAAGACAGUUCUGUUGGAAGUUCAUGACCUUUACCGAAACAAAUAUACAAAAAUUAACAAAAACUCCCCAUGUCCAGGACUAAAUUCAUGAUUUCCUGCUUUACGAAUCUGUUGUUCCCUUUGAAUGUAAAUCCAGUUGUGAAGCUAGGAUGCUUUUUGGAAGACUCAAGGUACCAUCACAGAGACUCAAAACAAACCACCAACAAACCACAAACCUCCAUUUCACUGACACAACAGCAAAACCAGCUAACCAUCUGAGCCCGUGGAGGACGAACUGUCCAGGCGGAUCAGGGCCUUUGUAAUAGUUAAAGAGGACAAUCUAAAGACGAUGCCUGGCAAGUCCGUCUCAUCCGGAGGGUCAGUGGACUGGAAAACACAGGCCUUAACCCUGCAAACAAAUCAUUUCAACAGAGUCAUGAACCUCAUCAACACGUGUUAAUUCAUUACAAUGGACAGAUGUCAUUUUCCACUUUGAAAUGAGCUUUACUUCCUUAUUGAAAGUGGAGAGAUCAGCUGCAUGUCCAAAUCAGAUUUUGAAGACGAAUCUUAAGGCGAAAAUACAAUUUGUCCUCAGUGUAGGAGAGUUGGAUGCUUGGGAAGCAGGAUGGGAAGUCAACAGACAAAUCGACUGAAAGACACAAAAUCCCUCAACACCUAUUGAUUUUUAAUGUGAUACUGUCACACUGUACAGCAUUUACACAUGAUGUAAAUAUUACCACACCCAGAGAACCUCAGCCACCAUCACCUCCAGCUCUGUUUUAGCAGCCUUUACCAUCCACAGUCACCUCAUCAAUCAUCUUUCUAGCUAUCAAACCAAAAAAGAAACAAAACCAAAGGAAAGGCGUCAGUCAGCAGCCCCUACUCCUUAGAAACCCCAGGCUGAGUCUCAGCCUGGUUAGAGACAAGCCAAAGGCUUUAAGUACGAUUUAAAAAAAAAAAAAAAAAAAAAAAAAAAAAAUGGACACUUGAGACUUUUUCUAUUUAUUGACAAAUCGAAACCAAAGAAAACCUUUUUCUGCACCUAACUGUUCCAACUAACGGAAAACGGAACUUACUGAAGAUGGAAGAGAAUUAUUACCAAAAAAAGAAAAAAAAAACAAAAAAAGAGUGGUGGCGAUGAUGUCGAGGAAGGCGAUGACGAGGAGAUGAAGGGAGGAUAGAAGGAAGGAUGACAUCAUGGGAGUGGAGAAGUAGCUUUGUUCUGCCUGAUGUUGUGUCAGGCUAUCUUUAAGGGGAAGCAAGUUGGGGACUGAAAAGGGUAAAAAAAACACACGGGAAGGAGGGAAGGAUCCAAACGGACGACGCCGUAGACCAUUUUCUUCCCUCUGGCUCCAGGAUAAGGCAGAACAUUAAUGUGUCUCUCACGGUUGAAGAGUGUCUUUAACGUGUGCCUAUGCAGUUUUUCAAAGUUAAAAAAAUGGUUAAAAGAACAACAGAAACCUCAUCAGCUAACAAACCAAAGAUUCACCGUUAACUCCAGUAGCAGUCCUCCUCCCCCCAAAAGGGAAAAUGUACACUUUGGUUAAUCAUGUACACACCUGCAGCAUGAUAUUGCUGGAAGUGGUGUCCUGUGUUUUUUUUUGUUUGUUUGUUUGUUUUUUGUUGUUUUGUUUUUCUACUAUUUCCAUUUAUUAUUCUACUUCAUCUGUUAUACAAUAUACUUCCUGGGUUAGCAUGUAGGCUAAUCAGGCUUGUUUGUCCUUCAACCUUCUAAUGUGUAGCAUUCCUUUAUUGUGUUAGCCUUACUAAAGGGGACAAAUUUAGCCAAGAUAUUUCUUUCACAAUACUUGUAAUCUAGCUAGCAAUUUUCCAUAGAGCUAAAACAGAUCCAUUUUUAAUUUUUGAUGGGUAGGGUUGUUCCUUCAGCAUGGCAUCAUGAAACCUCCUCCACACCCACAAAUCUGACCACAAACUUCGGAGCAUAAAGAGAUGAAAAAUGGUUUGGAAAAAAUCCAAAGCUUCUCAUUUGUCCUUCCACAAUCUACCUCCAACAAUCUCUAGCAGAGAAAACAAAAGCUGCCAGACAAAAGCACAGGGACUGGUGUUUGAGCUUGUGAGUCAGCAUCCAGAGACAUUCGCUUCCUUCUUUCAUCUUAGCUUCUGGGUUAUUCAGGCUCACAGUUUCACGUUAAAACUGGCUGUUGUCCGGCACGCUUCCUGCUGCAGAGAGAGUGACAGUGUUAAUGCUACUGGAUAUGUACAGAACAUACCAAAGAUUUUCUGCUGUACUAACAGUAGCGCACUGACACGUUUUCUUACUUUUUUUCAUAUCCAGUCCCUUUUGAUCCAUCUGUUUCUUUGUCAUAAACACAUUUUUACGUUUGAACCCAAACCCAACAGCUAAACAAGUAAGAGGCAAGGCUGGUUUAGGUUAGAUUUGGACUGCUUACCAAAUUGGGUGUAAUGUAUUUGAAAUAAAAUAAAAUAAAAUAAAAUAUCAAGCAAGCAAAAGGUACGAGAUUUUAUAUGAACUGGACCACAGGGAAACUGAAAUUGGUUGUGGUUGUGUAACCACUACAGAAAUGCAUGGAUUAGAGUCAACCCAAGGAGUCAGUCUAGUUGGGUUUUAGUUAAACAAAGAAAGCACUGGUGGCUUGGGUAUAAAUGGAAGGUGAACAGCAAUUAUUUAAGUAUCUGUAAUCACAGCACAGUUUGUCAUAGCCCACAUUGCCAUGCUGGAGGAACGUCGUCACAAGGGGAGUGACGGCGGGAGAUGCUAACUGUCCGUAGCAAAGACAACCCGCGCUAGCCUGUUCUUUAGGGGGGAGGAACUAUGCUGCUGCUCCAUGUAAAAGACAACAAUAAAUGAACCAAAACCAAAAAACACAACACCUGCUGAGAGAAACUGCUAAAAUAUCGGUCAAAUAGCUUUAUCCUUAGUUUUCUCUCUGUAUUUCUGUAUGUAAAGCUUAUAGUCCAAAGAAAUCCUCCGCCCACCUGACCCUGCUGUCCUGUUGGCUACGCCCAACGGAGGGGCGUGGCCCUUGGCUCAGGGGGCGGUGGCCAUUUUCCAUUACCACUUGCAGUUCUGUCUGGAUGUAAUACAGGCUAAACCUGCCAAACCAAAAAAAAAGGAAAAAGGAGAGAAAAGAAAAUAAGAACAGUAUGAAACCAAAAACCAUCCCAAAGAGGUUUUCAUUGCUUGUUUGUUUUGAGUACUUAUUAAUGAUUUGCCAAUUACUAUUACUACCACUAUGUUCCUUUCUAGGUUUUUGCAAUAUGUGAUUUUUAAAAAAUUUUAUUUAAUGUAAUUUCUGUUUUCUUUUUAAUUGUGAAUUAAUUUAAGCGAACAAUUUUUGUUGCCAAAUCUCCCUCUGAACCCUUUUCCCCUUGAUGGUGAUUAGCUUUGCCAAAGUUUACAUUGUAUGUUCCCUUUUCUUUCUGUUCUAUGCUGUAUUUAUUUAUGAGGUGUUUUAGAACACACUAGUUUUGUACUUAAUAAUAAUUUAAUGUUAUUUAAUUAGAUGUAAUUGUUUUCGAUGAAUAUUUAUGAGUAUUUAAAGAUGUUAGUUGCAUCAAAGAUGCAGUGCUUACGCCAGGCCUGUUAAUUUAUUCUUAGUUAGCUUUACUUUAAAAAGCAAAUACAAUGUUGUGUUAUGAAUGUUUAGACUUAAUGACAGAACAAUGUAGGAAUGUCAGAUUAGACUUGUGUACUUCUGAAUGUCAACACUCUGUCACUCUUUAGCCAAUCUAGGUUUUCGUCCUGAAAUGAUUUCCCGCCCCCCUCCCCCCCUUUUUUUUGAAAAUGAAAACAAUCUCUUUAUGCCAAAUAAUAGCCUACUGAAUGAUGAGCACUGCAUCUGUUUUUCUUUUCCCCUUUGUGAUUUGAAUUGCUAAUUUAUUGCUUAUUUUGCCUUUGAUUCGUUUGCAACCUGCUGACCAUUGUUGAACAAGCAAUGAAUUUCAGACUGAUGUUCUGGUGACACGUACUUGAUCAGAUGAAGUAAGGGCCACGCGUUGAUAUAAACUGACUCACCAAAGAUGACUGGAAUCCUUGAGAGGCCAAUAAACUGUGUGUGUUUGCAUCCACGCAGCUCAUGCCCUGGUAAAUGUCUUACUUGUACAUUUAUGUAGUAUGAUCACAUAUAUACCCUAUGCCCCAUGAACACUACAUGAAAGUAUGCUCUUUGUGGUCUAUUGUAGCCCACAGAGAUAUAUGGACAUUUGGUGAUUAUCUUAGACAUGCUAACAAAUGUAUCAGAAACGGGUUAGUUUCUGUGCACAACCUAAAGUAUUCAGUUAUAUUGUCAUGAGCUGGUCAAACUGAAUAAUUAUUUUGAGAUCCUGAGCGAAUAAUCCAUACACUUCUGUAAACUUUCAACCCAAAGCACGACAUUGUUUUUCUCUGUUGACACGGAGCUAAGUUCAGUGUGCGACUGCGUGAAUGAAAACACACCGACUUGUUUCAAAGAAAGAAAAAAACUGAGGAGUCCCUUAAAGCUAGCUGCUUCCAAGACUGACUUUGUGUGUGUGUAUAAAGAAGAAAAAAAAAAAAAAACUUUCUAUUUCAGUAGUGAGAACCAGAGAGGCUACCUCACUGACUUUCCAUUUGUCCUUUUAAUCGUAUUGAUGAAACCAAAGAAACCAAAGAUUUGUUUCCUCUUCGGUACGGUCUGCGCUCAGCUCCAUGCUUUUGUUUUUUCUCUUUCUUAAUGAUUAUGCCGCAUAUUCUACAACUUCUUUGCCCUCACCUUUUCUCUUUCUCCCCUGCUUCUCUUUCCUCCUCACAUUGCCUCCUCUUCUCCUCAGAAAGAAUAAGUGUGAGGGAAGAGGUGGAUGUAACCAAAGGCCAGGCUGGAUGCAGAAUAUCAGGGAGUACAGGAAGACGUUUAGAUGAUUUUUGCCUUUGUCUUGAGCCAGUUAAUUCGUGUGACAAGAAUUAGAAGCAAGUGCUAGUAUCAUUAAUUUAAUGUUCAGCUGUAAGUUAAACAACAAAAAGGUGACUGAAUAUUGAGAAGAGGUACCCCAAGCUUGAAAUUUUAAAAAUAGAAAUUGUUGAUGUUACACUGGGACUGUGAGUGGCAAAUUAACUGCUGACGAAUAAGUCAGCGCACUUCAAAUUACAUCGUUUGUAUGUCAAGCAUUAUAAGACCUUUUACACAAAGAUGCAAAAUGAUGUUUUGUACUGAGAUAGCUGCAGAUUUAUGGAAUUUGUGUGUUGGUCUUACCUUUAAUCAGUUUCUGAUGAUGGAGGACAGGACACAUCUUGUUUCUUAGUCCUGAGCAAGCUGCCGAGGUUGUUUUUAAUUAGAUGGCUGGUUCUUGCCAACUUUGAGCAGCAUAGCAACCGCUGCGAUGCAGCGCUGCUCUGGCGUUGUGCUGGAGUGGUAGGGAACCCUAACCAAACACUCGUCACACUUGAAACCAUUGAAGUCUAAUUCACAGAAGGCAUGUUAACAUCACUGAAUCCAAACAGAAACUUCCUUCCUGUCAUCAGUGUACACCCUACUGCCUCCUCGAAGUGAGAUAAGCUCAGACUGACAGUGCUAACAUUGUAACUGGUACCAUUUACCAUCUUUGUUCAGCGUGGCACUAAUCAUGAGGCAAACGGGGACCACUCUAAUCAUUUCCAGAUUUCCCAGUAUGAGCCAAGGAUGUAGAGCAGCUAAGUGACCAACCCAUACUUCAAAAAUCCAGCAUUUAACAUUGAGACAACAAAUGCCUCUGUGUUAAACUGCUUUAUUACUGACCUACUCACUUGUGUGUCAUUGUUACGAAUAACAAACACACAUUUAUUCUAAAAAAUGUACCCUGAACUGAUAUUUCAGUGCAAGACAUCAGCAAUAUCCCGAAAUGCAAAGAAGAAAAACCUCAUCAAUCAGGCGAAUUGAGUUUCUGGUGAACUGUUUGGUUUUGCUUGGCAGAUUAAACCCAUAUGUUCAGAAAACACAACACUGAGCUAAUCACACAGGCAUGGUUUGAAAAGCAAAGCAUGCUUAAGUUGGACAAGGGAGAACAGGAACUGGAAGGUGGCUGUUGUGUCCAUUAGCAUGAAAUAUGGUGCUAGUUCUGUUCUUGCAGCAAUGUUCAAGUAGGAUUAGACAUUUGUCUGUGUCAUUUGACUUCCCUUAAGCAUUUGGCUUAAAAAUCAUUCGGGGAAGCCAAAUGGCAGAGGAAAAGCUGUGCUUUUUUAUUUUAAUGUUUUUCAUUUUAGAUUUGAAGGUUUAAAUUCCUGCUGAUGCGCUUUGCUUUUCGAAACCAGGCCGCACUGUUGCAGAGGUCGCUUUCGUAGCAAAGUAUGAGAUAACCUUGGAUGAGUGCCUUGCUUGGACCAAAGCGAAGUCUAGACCUCUCUGUUGUGCUGUAAACUUUGUAUUCCUGUGAAAAAGAAAUACCUCAGCGCUGCCACCACCGCCACUUGGCUCGAGCGCCUGAGUUUGCUCUUUGGUUUCUUUGCAAUGCAAUCAAAGCAAAGGAGCCCAGAGUGAAUACCAAAGGCUCCUUGUUCUGUUUGACACUUUUCUCUUCGUAUUGUCUCCCUGUUUUUCUCUUUUCUGAGUUGGGUUUCCACACAUUAAUCUGGUUGCAGCUGCAUCCUGGAUAGAAUAUAAGAAGUGUUCAUAUUUGUUUCAAGCUAGUCUGACCCACACAAGGUUACUUUUCACUAAACUCAUUAUCCAAAGAAUAUUAAUCUUACUCUGAAACCAAUAAUCACCCAUCAACAAACCAAACUAUUCAGCCAGCUUUGGUGGAAAUGCAGCUCGCCCCCUCCCUCUGUCCUCCCUCUUCUCUCUUUUCAAAUGGUUACAAAGCUUUAAAUGAUGAAAAAACACAGAGACAAACUUGUGAGCGUUGUGCGCAGACCGUGCUCUCUUUACCAAACCGUUGCAGAUAUACCUCAUAGACACUAGUGUUAGGAUGAUGUUAUAAUAGCGUAUGUCAUAAAUUAUUCACUUGCUCUUCUUUUCUUUUGCUUUUAUUUUCUUUAACUGUAACUUUAAAACAAAACAAAUGUGGGGAAAAAAGCUUUAUACAUUUUUAAGUUGUGAUUUCUGUGAUAGUUAAAAAGGUGCGCUAAAACCAAAAAUGAAAAAUGCUUGUCUUCUUCUAUGCUCUCUUUCUUGUUGAUGUAUUACUGUUCUCUCUGUGUCCCAUCUACACAGGACUAUGGGAUGCAUCUUUUUUUCUUCUUUUUCCUCUGGUUCUUUUCAAGGGGUGAUUGUCCCCUAACAUGGAUGCUUUUCUGGGUUUGGGAUGCCAGAAUCGGCUGUUUCUACCCAGAAUAAUAGCAGUUAUUUUAAUCCAUAUUUUUGAUAAAUUCAACCAAACUUUGGUUUAUUUUAUUUCAUUUUUUUCUUUAGCUUAUUUUGGUGUUCUUCCUUUCCUGUGUUGUAAUGCUAGCAUCACUUUACAUAACCCAUACAGCAGUUCUAUAGUCCAGAUUUUAUGCAUGAGUAUAAUUACGAUUAGCUAGCCAUGUAAUGCAUUGUGAUUCUUAUUAGUAACAUUAUUACCAUCUUCUCAGUUCAUUUCCAACACUUGUAAACUGUACACACACAACUUUGUGUUGCAGCCAUGUGACCUUUGAGCUGCUGAUGUCAAACCUGAUGACUCCCAUUUAAAUUCGUUGUGGAGGGUGAUGAAUUAGCGCCAAAAGUGAUGAGAUAACUGAUGGUUUACAGGUCAAUGUGUCCGCUUGUCUGGACACUGUGCUGUCCUGUGACACUUAAAUGCAACAUUAAUGAACUGGACAUAUGAAAGCUUCUGAGUGAAACCUAAUUAAAGUUGCUCAGCAGCCACGAAUCAGCUCUAAUGCACUUUGUGUAUAACUUACUUUUGGAUGUUAAAGCUUUGGCAAACUUCACUUAAUCGGAACCCUUACAUAAAGAGGAGGGUAUUUCUUUCUUAAUUGAGCAGGUGAAUAUAGCCACAUGGUAACAUAAACUGACAUUUAAUGCAGAGGUCUGCAGCAAAAGCUCAAAUGCUGUCUUUAAACAACAAGAGUGAGAGAACAAAUAGGUUCAAGAACAAAUAUAUAUAUAAAAAACUUUUCAUUGGAUGUAAGUUUCUAAAGUGUUCAAUAAAUAAACACUUGAACAAUUUUGAGGCAAAGUUAAUCCAAUUGCAAUUCAAAUGACCGGCAGUAACUGAAUAACUUGCUGAAUAUGAUAAAGCUGCUUCAGUGGUUCAAACUUUCACAUAGUAAAUAUUAACUUAAUGAUCAACAGAUCUGACCAGUCUUAUGUUACUGUAUUAAAUUUAAAGCAGUAUUAAAGAAAACCAGAGCACUUCCAGUUUUACUUGUCUUCCAUUUCCAGUUAGCUUCCGAGCACAUCUCAACUUUACAAAUUCCAGAAAACAUACAGAAAGGCAUUAACAGUGGACACGUUUCCCCCUUGGCUUUUUUUCUUAUUAAAUAUAGAUACAUAUAUAUGAUAAAUAGGCUGGCCAUUAACCAAUGCUGAUAAGAAAAAGUCACUACUAGAAUUGUUGAAGUCCCAUAAAAUAUCUUUAAAACCUGCGUGCACAUAUUAAUAAAUGGUAUCUCCAAGAACUGCAUUUCCCAUGUACAUGUAGACAGAGUUCUAGCCAGGACUUACAUUUCAGUUCCAACAUCAGCAGCAUCGUCAGUAAGGUGCAAAGGUCAAAGUGGCCCAACCACGAUGUUGGGUUUAGAACAAAAUCACAAUCAGUCCCUUUUCUGAGUUAUUCUAGGUUCUGUAUUAGAAAAUUAUUUCAUCCUGUAAAAACUAUUGACCCAAUUAUCCAAUCACACACUCCCCUGCUAAAAGCUCACCGAACCCAAAACGAUAUUUUAGUUUACUGAUUAUUUUCUUCUGCUUCUUCUUCUUCUUUUUUUCCUGAUUUUGUUUUUGACAUUUGGUUGGAACAGAAAAAGAGAAGUGACUGCAAACCUGUGGUGUGGAAUAAAAUAAUGAUCAAACAGGAAGGAGAAAUUUGGAGAAUUAAUGUUGUUCCACUCUAUGUAUAAAAGAAGAAAAAAAACAAUAAAGACAUCACAAUGGUCUUAUCCAUGUAUAACUGAUUCUCCUGUUAUUUUUUCUGUAAUAAAAAUACAAUGAAAAUGAACCUUCA